CUCGGUAAGAAUGUGUUAGACCGUCGGCUUCGCUCAUCGCUGCUGCUGCUUCUGGUCUUGAAUGCCUCUCUUCCAAUAUCUGAGAGGAGGAUACGGAGAAGAGGGAGGUUGAAGUUGUGGGAGGAAUGAUUUGAGGUACAGAAGCUGUCGCCAUGGAUGUGAAGAACGAGGGAUGCGUGGCUUCUGUCUCUAAGCUGUCUUCUGCCUCUACUUCCCACCACAGGCGCUCUAAGAGUGCCUCUGAUAGAAAUCUGGAUCCCACCAAACAUGGAAAAUCAAACUGCAUGGCAGAAUGCCAGUUUGAGUGUUUCCAGGGUACACAGAAUGUUUUGAACAUGAUGAAGUCUCAUGGAAGCCAAGGUUCUCAUCAUCAGAAUUCAAGUGACAAUUCCAGGAAUGCUGCACUAAGCAGUAGAGCCUCCUUGGAAGAUGAUAUCAAACAACUUCAGAUGCAUUUGCAUCAAGAGAAAUCAACUCGCUUUCUGCUGGAGAAGGCAAUCGGCCGAGCUUCUAGUACUUUGUCACCUGGACACAGGCAUUUCUCAGCUCAGACUAAGGAACUGAUCGCAGAGAUCGAGCUGCUCGAAGAAGAGAUAUCAAACCGAGAGCAACAUGUUCUGUCCCUCUACAGAAGCAUCUUCGAUCAGUGUGUUAGCCAGCCUACAUCGGCUCACAGUUCAGGCAUGGCUUCCCCUGCACACUCCAAGAGCGGAGGAGCUCGGAAGCAUCCCAGCAUAAUAUCAAGUUCCUUCUGCUCCUCCAAGAAGUUUCGGUUGCAACCUUUUCAAGUGCUGGCUUCGAUCAAAGAGUCCCGGCGGAGUGACGUUCUGCUCAAGCCCAAGGUUGGACAUGAACCAUUGGCCAGAGAAGACAUGAAACUCUAUGCCAGAAGAAACUUUGAAGAUCCUAUGAAGGAGAAGUUAUCCACUUCCGGAAGAAGUCACUUCGCUCGUACUCUGAAAGAUCAUCUCUACCAGUGCCCCUGCAGAAUCUCUGAAGAAAUGGUCAGAUGCAUGGCUUCUAUAUACUGUUUGAUCCGCUGUGACUCAUCCGAAAAGCCCGGUAAACCUCGUUCUCCGUUCUUGCCAAGAUCAUCUACAAGAGGGACUGCAGAGGAGCAGGAAUGGCUCAGCAGAUCCACAGUCGAAGUACCUUCGCUCUCCAUCGACAAGCGAUGCCCACCGGCGUCUUAUGCAACAAGCAACUACAGGUUCUUGGUGGAACAGCUGGAGAGAGUGGAUGUGAGUGUGUUGGAGACCAGAGCGAAGUUGGCGUUUUGGAUCAAUGUCUACAAUGCUCUCAUAAUGCAUGCUUAUCUGGUGUAUGGGAUUCCAAGUAGUUCUCUGAGAAGGAUUUCUUUGUUUAACAAGGCUGCUUAUACCAUUGGAGGCCAAAUCAUCACUGCAAACUGCAUUGAGUACUCCCUACUGUGUUGUCGGACAUCUCGAAUGGGUCGUUGGUUAGAGACGAUCCUGUCGACCGCCAUGAGGAAGAAACACGGGGAAGAGAAGCAGCUCAUCGAUUCCAAGGUCGGUCUUCCAAGCUGUCAGCCACUUGUUUUCUUUGCCCUCUGCAUCGGAGCUUUCUCGGAUCCCAUGGUACGUACCAUAUCCACCUCCCCCUUCACAGUACGGUCUCUCUCUCUCUCUCUCUCUCUCUCUCUCUCUCCUUGCAGUACGUAUGAUAUCCACCUGCAGCUCCGCGUCUACACCGCAAAGCAUGUCAUUGAGGAGCUGGAGAAGGCGAAGCAGGAAUUCCUUCAGGCCCAUGUCAUGGUCAAGAAGUCGAGCAGGGUUUUCCUCCCCAGGGUCCUCGAAAGAUACGCCAAGGAAACUAGCAUCGGCUGUGAGAAGCUUCUCGCAUGGAUGCAUGAAGCAGUGGUCGACAGGAAGAUGAACGAGGCGAUCCACAGGUGCGUGGCUUCCAGCGGCAAGAGGAAGGCGUCGCAGAUCAUCGAGUGGUUGCCUUACGAUACGAGGUUUCGCUAUGUCAUCGCCAGUGACAUGAUGGAAAACCCUAAUGGAUGUAAUAUAUCUUUUGGAUGAUAUCGGUGAUGAAAGAAAGCUAUGAGCUACUUCAAGAACAGUAUCAAAUCUUACUAAAUGUACAUUGUUCCUUAUCUUAAAUUGCUUGUUUUGCUUUGGUGUUUA